UCUAAUAACACAUAUAAUUAUAAAAUUGUCAAUCAAUUCACUAAUUGUAAUAUCGAGACAAUGUCUGAACCCGUCUUCUAUAAGUUAGGAGAGAAAAAGUCCGGAAUUAAUAUUCCCGGAAAAGUACAGGACUUUCAUGAGAUCAGAGACAAGUGCUUAAGAGAUGGUGUGCUCUUCGAGGACGACUCCUUCCCGGCCAACGAAUCGUCGUUUUAUUUCGCUCCGGGAAAGGGUCGACGCUCUUUCGAGUGGCUCCGACCCCACCAACUGUCCGAUAGACCUAUGUUUAUCAGUGAUGGCGCUCAACGAUUUGAUGUUAUGCAGGGAGAACUUGGAAACUGUUGGCUCUUAGCCGCCGUCGCUAAUCUCACUCUAAACGACAAGCUCUUCCAACGGGUUGUACCGCACGACCAAACAUUUGAUAAACCAGAAUAUGCGGGGAUAUUUCAUUUCCGUUUCUGGCAAUACGGGCGAUGGGUUGACGUUGUGGUGGACGACAGACUGCCCACAACUAACGGACACUUAAUGCUUAUGCACUCCAAAGAUAGGCACGAGUUUUGGAGCGCUUUGAUUGAAAAGGCAUAUGCUAAACUUCACGGCUCUUAUGAAGCGCUUAAAGGCGGGACAACUAGUGAGGCGAUGGAAGACUUUACCGGUGGUUUGACUGAGAAUUUUGAGCUCCAGUCCAACGAAUGUCCGCCAAAUCUGUUGAAUAUAAUGUUGAAGGCCUUCGAGCGCUCGUCAUUCCUCGGCUGUUCCAUAGAAGCACUCGAUUCCUCACAAAUGGAGGCAGAAAUGUCUAACGGUCUUAUUAGAGGACACGCCUAUUCAGUGACUGCCAUAAAGUUAGUGCAAUUAAGUACAGCCAAAGUCAAAGGGAAGAUACCACUGAUUCGGGUGAGAAACCCCUGGGGUAAUGAAGCCGAAUGGAAGGGCGCCUGGAGUGAUAAAUCGCGGGAAUGGACUGUAGUUCCUGAGCGCGAAAAACAGCAGUUGGGCCUUACUUUUGAUGCGGACGGAGAGUUUUGGAUGUCUUUUACGGAUUUUAAAAACAAUUUCACACGACUUGAGAUCUGCAACCUAUCGCCCGAUUCUCUCGACGAAGACAAUAAGCGUCGGUGGGAAGUGUCGUAUUUUGAGGGCUCAUGGGUUCGAGGCAUAAGCGCCGGUGGCUGUCGAAACAAUUUGCAAACUUUUCAUCUGAACCCUCAAUAUUUGAUUUCUUUGGUUGAUAUCGACGAAGACGAUGACGAAGACUAUUGCACGUGUGUUGUGGCUCUUAUGCAGAAGAAUCAUCGGUUGAAAAGAAAAAUGGGUUCCGACAGCCUUACCAUCGGGUUUGCCAUUUAUGAGGUUAAAGAUGGACACACCGUAACAGAUGGCGGACCAAAAUACGAGUCCAAAUUUAUUCGCAAACAAUGCCAAUUAUUGACAACAGAAUACUUCAAAUACAACCAAUCGGUCGCCCGAUCGCCUACUUUCGUCAAUCUCAGGGAAAUUAGCGGAAGAUUUCGACUCAAACCAGGCAAAUACUGUAUAAUCCCAUCGACUUUUGAUCCGGGUGAAGAGGGAGAGUUCUUAAUCCGAUUCUUCACUGAAAAACCGCCUCAAAGUGUAGAGGAAAAUGACGAGGAAAUAGGUUUAGUUGAUAAGGAUUCGGGCAAAACCAAUGGAAUUUCCGACAAUUUGGUGGCAGAUAAUGAGCCAAAAGAGUCUGAACCGACAGAUAAUAAUGUUGCAAACAAUGACAAUAAUGUUGAUCUGAUUCAUACAAUUUUGUCAGUUAUUAAUAUCCUAUCGCAGUGUUGGACUCUUUGCAAUAACCGAGAAGUGGUUCGCACGUGUGUUGUGGCUCUUAUGCAGAAGAAUCAUCGGUUGAAAAGAAAAAUGGGUUCCGACAGCCUUACCAUCGGGUUUGCCAUUUAUGAGGUUAAAGAUGGACACACCGUAACAGACGGCGGACCAAAAUACGAGUCCAAAUUUAUUCGCAAACAAUGCCAAUUAUUGACAACAGAAUACUUCAAAUACAACCAAUCGGUCGCCCGAUCGCCCACUUUCGUCAAUCUCAGGGAAAUUAGUGGAAGAUUUCGACUCAAACCAGGCAAAUACUGUAUAAUCCCAUCGACUUUUGAUCCGGGAGAAGAGGGAGAGUUCUUAAUCCGAUUCUUCACUGAAAAACCGCCUCAAAGUGUAGAGGAAAAUGACGAGGAAAUAGGUUUAGUUGAUAAGGAUUCGGGCAAAACCAAUGGAAUUUCCGACAAUUUGGUGGCAGAUAAUGAGCCAAAAGAGUCUGAACCGACAGAUAAUAAUGUUGCAAACAAUGACAAUAAUGUUGAUCUGAUUCAUACAAUUUUGUCAGUUAUUAAUAUCCUAUCGCAGUGUUGGACUCUUUGCAAUAACCGAGAAGUGACUGAAAAUGUGGCCCAAAAUCGCGCCAAAGAAGCUGAGUCUCAAAUCAAUACAUUCUUUGCCAAAUUGGCCGGCGAAGACAUGGAAGUGGAUGCUAACGAACUACAAGAGAUAAUGAACCACGCCUUGAAAAAAGGUAUUCAUUAUAUAUCACUAAAAUCAUUGAACACUAAUUGUCUGAUGUCUCUAACUUUGCUAACC